AUGGCGAAUCUUGCAUCACACAUGACGCCCGAGAUGGAUGACGCACCUGCAUUCGUAUCCCAGCCCGCGCAGGCAGAAGAGGAAACAUUCGAAGAGAUCACCGGCCUCUCGACCAAAAUCUACCAUCACCUUGGUGUCGAUACGCCAUUCGACCCGCAACACCGCCUCGUCACAUCCUACAUCUUACCCGUGCCAGCACUCGCGAUAUUUCGCGUCAUCGUAGCCAUCUACAUGCUUGUCACUGCUUUGGGCACUGCGGUCGCCGAAGGCAUCGGUACGGUCACCUACUUCACCAGUCUCAGCUUUUGGGGUGACACGAGCUAUUUCGUCAUGUCGGCUGUCCACACGUGCUCCUUUUGGUAUGCACUUCAACGAUGGAAGAAGGCGAGCGUACAGCCGGGCAACGGUCGGAUCGAGAUGGUCGAAAAGGCCUAUCCGCUCAAUGGCGUCGGUCGGAUCGAGAUCGCACGCCACAAGGCGGGUAUCGAUGCAUUUGGCACGCAGCUUCACCAAGAUAUUGAAAGCGAGAUGGCCUACCAUAGAGGCUCUGAAUUCGAGAUCGGAUCGAGAUACCCUCGUUCUCUGCUCAGUCGCUCCUUUUCUCGUCCACUUCAGGUGUGCCACACUCUCCUCGUUUCGACCAUCUCGUCGUUCCCGCUGAUGGUCACAGUCAUUUUUUGGUCGGUGCUAAGCGGUCCCACCUCUCUCGCUGAUCCUUACUCUAUCUUUGCUAACAUCGGCAAGCACACGCUCAACUACGUGCUUACCAUGGUCGACCUCGUUAUCCUCUCGCGCACACCCUUGCGUCCCUGGUGGCACCUCGUAUUCCUCAUCAUCUUGCUCGCUCUUUAUCUCGGUAUUGUCAAAAUUACCUACGACCGCUUCCACGUCUGGGUGUACGGCUUUUUCAACGUGCAGCAAUUCGGCGUGCCGCUCGUGGUUAUGUUCAGCUUGCUGCUCGGUGUUUUCGUAGUAGCCUCGUUCUGCGUGAGCCAAGGGCUGAUCUUGCUUCGCGAGUUUGUCGCGGCUCGAGUGCAAAAGAGCGGUCAAUGGGGUAGCGCCAAAGCUGUUGGUGUGCCAGACGACGCUUGCAUCCCUACGAUGCGCGGUCCUGGACCACUGGGUGGCGGUGGAAGACGCACGAAAGCAGGUCACGAUGUGAUCCACCUCCGCGGUCGAUUCCCUUGCAACGCACUUACUGGCCGAAGAUCCAGCGGCAUCGUAGUCGACGAUAUCCACAUCCACGCGCUUUCAGCACUAGGCGGUUCAGAAUCCAACGUCGACGAAGCGACCAAGUCGGUUGCACUCGACCGCUUCCAGCCCCGCUCAAUCCGCUUUGCUGGCGACGUAGAUAACACCCACAUUUAUAGAUCCGCAAGCAUCACCGACGUGCCGAACCCAGACGCCGGCUCGAGCCAAGCCCAAUUCCUUCGCCCUGUCGCAUGGCAGCAUCCAGUUUAA